AUGGCGGCUGCCAUGUCACUCACCUUUUGCAACAUUACUUGCAUUACGAAAUUUCUCUUCAUGCUUGUGCAUAUAAAACGUAUAAGGAUCACCGUUGAAAAAUUUCUAAAUUAUGAUGCAAAAAUUGUACCAGGAACGAGAUUUUCAAAAAAUUUAAGUAAAUUUCUACGAGUGGUCAAGAAAAGAGCUCUUUCUAUUUGGUUAUUUUUAGUAACAAAUGGUAUAGUGUACAUCAUAAUCCCUUUUUUAAAGCCUGGAAGAAAUCUAACAGUCAAUUUAUAUAUCCUUUACGGUUUAGAACCAAUGCUGGAAACGCCUCAUUAUGAAAUAGCUCAUGUUGUUACUACCAUAGCUGUAGUGUUCUGUGUAUACCUAAUGGUGAAUGUAGCUGUAUAUGUGAUAGUAAUGAUUGGGUACAAUGAAGCUCAAAUAAAUACUUUAAGCGAAGAGGUAAACAAUCUUUGGGGAGACAGUCAGAACUUCUACAACAGUCUCAAGCAUAAAAUAAAAGAUAAAAAAUACUCAAUAUAUAUAAAGGAAAUAAUUGUCAAUGAGUAUAUACGAAUACGUUUAAAAGAUAUAAUCAAUUAUCAUGUUACAAAUAUUCAUUUUUUCCAUGAGUUGAACCAUGAAUUUAGUGAUACUUUGGCUAUUGAAUACGUCAUAAUGGCUAUGGCGAUAAUAGCUGAAUUGCUCGGAGGAUUAGAAAUUACGUAUCUUCAAAUACCUUACACGGUUGUUCAGCUGUACAUGGACUGCCUGUCAGGGCAGAGAUUGAUUGACGCUUGCCGUGGAUUUGAAGAAGCGCUGUACGGUUGCAAAUGGGAAAGUUUCAACGCAUCCAACCAGAGAACCAUUCUGUUGAUGCUUUUAAUUUCACAAAAGACACUCUUGUUGUCAGCUGGCGGUAUGGCAAAUUUGAAUUUUGAAUGUUUAAUGAUGAUAUUUAAAUCGUCGUAUUCAGUAUACACGGCUUUGAAAUCUAGACUUCAGCAUUAA